AACAUUUUUUCUUGCUAAUGAAUUUCUGCUCCUUUUUCUUUUUUCUUCCUUUUAUUUCAGAUUUGUAUAUAUUAUGCACCAACCUUAAUAUCAAAGGCUAUAUAUAUUCUUUAGAAUACUCAAAGAUCCAAAACAGAAAGAUUGGAUCUUUUUACAGAAUUAAUAUAGUUUUAAGUCUAUAUACAUAAUAUAUACACACACAUAUACACUAUAUAUACAUACACACACACACACAGAAAAAGAAAGACAACUGAAAAAGCUGAUUUUGAUUGAUAGGAAUAGUCCAUAAAGUAGCAUCAGUGUGCUUAAUUAUAAGCCACAAGAUUUGGAGGAGGCAAUCAAAAACUCUUAUUGGUGUUUUGAAAGUGAUUUGAUAGGUAAUUUGCAGCUUGGAAACUGAGUUUGUGGAUUCAAUAUUUCCCUUUCCAGAUUUAGAUAGUCCUGAGGUACCGUGUUGAGUAGGGAUUUGAAUUGAAACGGCGUUCCUUGGCCUAAGGGGGUGCCGGGUUUAUGGUUCUGUUAUGUUCUUGUAUCAGACAAUGGUGAAGGAUUAUAUAUAGUGAGGGAUAAACUCAUGAAAUAUGGAGAAAUCGCGUGAAUUGCUAAGCAAUGGAAAACCAGCUGAUGCUGGUCUCCAAAUUAUAAGGCACCCUUCUUACCAAUCUGGUGGUAAACUAUCGUUAUCUUGGUUUGAUAUUAGAGUUUUCUACAUCAGAAUCAGCAAUUUUGUGGUCGAUGAUUCAACCCCAGAAAGUCUUACUCUUAACCAUAUCCCUCUAAGUCCUGAUACACUACUUGAAGUAAAUGGUAAAAGAUGUUCCAUGUAUUCAGAAGGAGUUUCUUGCCUUCUACGAAGGGACCGUGUUGAUAAGAAAGCUGAAGAAGCGACAUUUGUGAGCACAGAUAGCAUUAGAUUGACAGGGAAUGUGAACUUUGAGGUUUUCCAUAAAGAUGAUCUUGUUCUCUCUGGGGUUUUGGAAAUGGCCGACGUCAAUGGUUUUAUUAGGGAGUCUAAAGAGACUGUUAGGAGAUGGAGCAUGAAUUGUGAAUCAGUUAUGAGCGUUGGCACUGGCUUUCUCAAGGGAAAACACAUUGUCGGUUCUGAAUCAUUCUCGCCGACAAUUGAAGUAUAUGUUGCCGGUUGCUUUUCUGGUACACCUGUCAUCUUAACUAAGACUUUGCAGCUAAUUCACAGGAAGAAGCACCAUCGAAAAGGUAUGUUAGACUCCAUUCCGGAGCAUGAAACAGCUGAACAGCUGAAAGAAGUCUCACCUGGACAGGAUCUGCAGGUAACAGAGUACAGAAGUUAUAAACCAGAAAGCGAAGAAGACUACAACAACAUGUACUGGAGACAAACAGAACUUAUGGAUGGCGAAGACGGGGAACUAUCCUGGUUCAAUGCUGGAGUCCGAGUUGGUGUUGGAAUUGGCCUUGGCAUUUGUGUAGGAGUUGGAGUAGGAGUUGGUUUGUUAGUCCGUACUACUCGAAACUUAAGAAGGCGCCUUAUAUAAUUAUAUAUAGCAUAAUCCAAAGGCUAACAACAGAAAGAUACUUGUUUUAAGAGUAUAUUCUACUUGUUAAACAAGCUUAGCAUGUUUUCUGCUUCCCUUCCCCUAGUCUCUUUUUCACCUCUCCAGUUUGCUGCCUUUUGAGUUUUGUAGCUGAGGAGUGCAACAGGUUGCUAAAGCUGUAUGCACAUGUUUAGCUGAUGUUACAUCAUGUUUAAGCUUGUUUUGUUUUUGUGUAAAUGUUCAGUUUUUGAAAAGGUUUUGUAUUUGAGAUACUUGUGUCC